ACUGAUGAGGGUGUGGCCAGGAGAACGGCUUUUAGAGAAAACUGUCAUUUUAUGGGUCAGCUUUAGACAGACAUGGCACUUCUGCUGUCUUCUGAAUAAUGUCAUCCAGGCUCUUUUCCUGUCUUUUGCACUCCUGACUAGAUCCUGAAAGAUCUAGGCCCUCAUCUAGGCCCUGAUUUUCCUCAACCUCAGGGAGAGAAGAGAAGGUCCAUUCAGGACUGUUCGUGGUGAUCAUACAAUCCUGAAUAUUUGCCUUGAACAUGAACACUCGAAGAGAACUUGAAUCACAGGACCGGGCCAUCGUCAGAAUAGCAGCUCAUUUACCGGACCUCAUUGUCUAUGGAGAUUUCUCUCCAGAGAGACCUUCUGUGGAUAAUUUUGACGGAGUCUUGAUGUUUGUUGAUAUUUCAGGUUUUACUGCAAUGACUGAGAAGUUCAGCACAGCCAUGUACAUGGACCGAGGGGCUGAGCAGUUGGUGGAGAUCCUCAACCACUACAUAAGUGCAAUAGCGGAGAAAGUGUUGAUUUUUGGAGGAGACAUCUUAAAAUUUGCAGGUGAUGCACUGCUAGCCCUGUGGAAGGUGGAGCGGAGGCAACUGAAAAACAUCAUCACGGUGGUAAUCAAAUGUAGCCUGGAGAUUCAUGGAUUGUUUGAGACCCAGGAGUCUGAAGAAGGCCUGGAUAUCCGAGUCAAGAUAGGACUGGCUGCUGGCCACAUCAGCAUGUUGGUCUUUGGAGAUGAAACUCGAAACUACUUUCUGGUGAUUGGUCAGGCCGUAGAUGACGUGCGCCUCGCGCAGAACAUGGCACAGGUGAAUGACGUCAUUCUAUCCCCAAACUGCUGGCAGCUCUGCGACAGGAGCAUGAUUGAAAUUGAGAGGAUUCCAGAUCAGAGAGCAGUUAAGGUUAAUUUCUUAAAACCACCCCCUUCUUUUAACUUUGAUGAAUUUUUCACAAAGUGUAUGGCUUUCAUGGAUUAUUAUCCUUCUGGUGACCACAAAAACCUCCUGAGACUUGCUUGCAUGCUAGAAUCUGAUCCUGAACUGGAAUUGUCCCUACAAAAGUAUGUGAUGGAAAGCAUAUUGAAGCAGAUUGAUGACAAACAGCUUCGGGGUUAUUUGUCUGAGCUUCGCCCCGUGACAGUUAUGUUUGUGAACCUGAUGUUUAAGGGCCAAGAUAAAGCAGAAGUCAUAGGCUCAGCUAUUCAGGAUGCCUGCGUGCACAUUAAUUCUGUCCUGAGGGUCUUCCGAGGCCAAAUCAACAAAGUCUUCAUGUUUGACAAGGGCUGCUCUUUUCUCUGUGUCUUUGGUUUUCCUGGGGAAAAGGCACCUGAUGAAGUCACUCAUGCCUUGGAGAGUGCUGUGGAUAUAUUUGACUUCUGCUCUCAGGUCCACAAAAUCCGCACUGUUUCCAUUGGCGUGACCAGCGGGAUUGUCUUCUGUGGAAUCGUUGGACACUCUGUGAGGCACGAGUAUACAGUCAUUGGUCAAAAAGUCAACAUAGCUGCCAGAAUGAUGAUGUACUACCCAGGAAUCGUGACCUGUGACUCUGUCACCUACAAUGGCAGCAACCUACCAGCCUACUUUUUUAAAGAGCUUCCAAAGAAAGUCAUGAAAGGUGUUGCAGAUUCUGGACCAGUGUAUCAGUGUUUGGGCCUUAAUGAGAAAGUCAUGUUUGGGAUGGCAUACCUCAUCUGCAACAGAAAUGAGCGUUACCCUUUGCUGGGACGUGAGGAGGAGAUCAAAUACUUCAUGUGUACUAUGAAAAAAUUUUUGAUGUCUAACUGCAGUCAAGUCCUGAUGUAUGAAGGAGUAUCAGGAUAUGGAAAAAGUCAGAUUCUUGUGGAAAUUGAGUACCUGGCCCAAGGUGAGAACCACAGGACUAUUGCUAUUGCGUUGACUAAAAUCAGCUUCAAUCAAAAUUUUUAUACCAUCCAGAUACUCAUGGCCAAUGUACUAGGUCUGGAUACUUGCAAACAUUAUAAAGAACGACAGAGUAACCUUCAAAAUAAAGUCAAGUCACUGUUGGAUGAAAAGUUCCAUUGUCUUCUUAAUGACAUUUUCCAUGUGCAGUUCCCUAUUUCACGAGAGGUUUCCAAGAUGAGCACCUUGAGAAAACAAAAGCAGUUGGAGGCGUUGUUUAUGAAGAUCUUGGAGCAAACAGUGAAAGAGGAAAGGAUUAUUUUCAUCAUUGAUGAGGGCCAGUUUAUCGAUUCGGCCUCCUGGACCUUUAUGGAAAAGCUUAUCCGCUCUGUCCCCAUCUUCAUCAUCAUGUCCCUGUCUCCCUUUGUCAACAUACCGUGUGCAGCUGCCAGUGCCAUAAUGAAGAACAGGAACACCACCUAUGUCACCCUCGGAUCUGUGCAGCCUAAGGACAUCCUCAACAAAGUCUGCCUGGACCUCAGUGUCAGGGGCAUCCCCAAAGAACUGGACACGUAUCUGGCAGAGGGAAGCUGUGGAAUUCCAUUUUACUGUGAAGAAUUGCUUAAAAACCUAGACCAUCACAGGGUACUCAUUUUCCAAGCAAUGGAGUCUGAGGAAAAGACAAAUGUGACCUGGAAUAACCUGUUCAAGAACUUUGCUAAGCCAACAGAGGAUUUAAAAAUGUUUACUUUCGGUGUUGAGGAGGAAAAUGAAGAAGUCUGUAACCUCGCUAGUGGUGUCAGAUUGAAAAACUUGUCACCACCAGCAUCAUUAAAAGAAAUCUCUCUGGUCCAGCUGGAUAGCAUGAGCCUGUCCCACCAGAUGUUGGUGAGAUGUGCUGCUAUCAUUGGCCUAACUUUCACUACAGAGCUGUUGUUUGAGAUUCUCCCUUGUUGGGACAUGAAGAUGAUGAUAAAUGCCCUGGCAACCCUUGUGGAAUCCAACAUCUUUGAUUGUUUCCAGAAUGGCAAGGAGCUCCGAAUGGCCCUAGAAAAGAAUGCAGCUUCAUUUGAGGUGAAUUAUCGAUCCCUUUCUCUGAAGCCACUCAUUGAAGGAAUGGAUCAUGGUGAGGAGGAGGAGCUCCGUGAACUGGAAAGUGAGGUGAUUCAGUGCCACAUCAUUCGAUUCUGCAGCCCAAUGAUGCAGAAAACAGCCUAUGAGCUAUGGUUGAAGGACCAGAAGAAAGCGAUGCACUUGAAAUGUGCCCGCUUUCUGGAGGAAAACGCCCACAGGUGUGACCCCUGCCGAAGUGGAGACUUCGUCCCCUUUCAUCACUUCGCAGUGGACAUCCGGCUCAACACUUUGGACUUGGAUACCAUUAGGAAGAUGGCUAAGUCCCAUGGAUUUCAAACUGAAGAAGAGAUCACUUUUUCCAGAAUAGAGACGUCUAAGAAAUCUGAACUAUUUUCUGAAAACCUCAGUUCUGAAGAAAUAAGAGAAAAGAUCUUGAGUUUCUUUGAUAUCAUUAUAACAAAAAUGAGGACAUCUGAAGAUGAUGUCAUCCCUUUGGAAUCUUGCCAGUGUGAGGAGAUCCUAGAGAUUGUCAUCAUGCCUCUGGCUCACCAUUUUCUUGCUUUGGGAGAAAACAACAAAGCCUUAUAUUACUUCCUAGAACUUGUGUCUGCUUAUCUCGUCUUGGAAGAUAAUUAUAUGGUAAGCUGUUUCUACCCAGAUCACCUCCACUGCGUCUGUUUCAACAUGGGCCAGAUGGUGCUUGCCAAAAAAAUGCUGAGGAAGGCUCUGAAGCUCCUCAAUAGAAUCUUUCCUUACAACCUAAUCUCCUUGUUUCUCCAGACUAGGGUUGAAAAAAACAGACACUUUCAUUAUGUGAAUCAGAAUCAGCAGGCCCAAGAGAGCUCACCUCCAGGGAAGAAGAGGCUGGCACAGCUUUACCAGCAAACCACUUGUUUCUCCUUGCUGUGGCAAAUCUAUAGCUUAAAUUUUUUUUUCCACUACAAGUAUUAUUGUCACCUGGCAGCUCUGAUGCAAGUGAAUACUGCAUUGGAAACUCAAGAUGAUUUCCAGAUCAUUAAGGCCUACCUGGACUAUUCACUGUAUCAACAUCUAGCUGGCUACCAGGACGUGUGGUUCAAAUACGAGGUCAUGGCCAUGAAGCAGAUCUUCAACCUCCCCCUGAAACGCGAGGGCGUCGAAAUCAUGACCUAUGUGGCCGAUAGGCUUGGCUAUAUAAAGCUCCUGAUGGGUCACUUGGACUUGGCCAUUGACUUAGGUUCUCGAGCCCACAAGAUGUGGUCUUUGCUUCGGAACCCCAAUAGGCACUACCUGGUACUCUGCUGGCUUUGUAAAUCUCUCUUCUUGAAAAACAGAUACAAGCAGCUGAUCCAGGUUCUGGGGUGGCUGUGGGAUCUUUCUGUAGCAGAAGAGCACAUCUUCAGCAGGGCAUUUUUCUAUUUUAUUUGCCUGGAUGUCAUGCUUUAUUCUGGCUUUGUUUAUAGACCCUUUGAAGAGUGUUUGCAAUUCAUACACCAAAAUGAAGAUAACAGAAUCCUCAAAUUCCAAAGUGGAAUGCUCCUGGGACUUUAUUCAUGUAUCGCUAUCUGGUAUGCCAGACUUCAGGAAUGGAACAGCUUUCACGUAUUUUCCAAUAGAGCCAAAAAUCUUGUGUCAAGAAGAACCCCAACAGCUCUUUACUGCAUAAGCAUCAGUAGGUACAUGGAAGGACAAGUUCUCUACCUUCAAAAGCAAAUUGAAGAACAAUCAGAGAAUGCUCAAGACAGUGGAGUUGACCUACUCAAGAACUUGGAGAAUCUGGUGGCUCAGAACACCACUGGGCCUGUCUUCUACCCGAGGCUCUACCAUCUGAUGGCCUAUGUCUGUAUACUAAUGGGAGAGGGGCAGAAUUGUGACCUCUUCCUGAACACAGCUUUACAGCUCUGUGAAACUCAAGGGAAUGUGCUGGAGAAAUGCUGGCUGAACAUGAGCAAAGAAUGGUGGUACUCAAACUCUGAGUUAACAGAAGACCAAUGGCUCCAAACACUCUUGAAUCUCCCAUCAUGGGAAAAAGUUGUAUCAGGCAAGGUAAAUAUGCAGGAUAUUCAGAAAAACAAAUUCCUGAUGAAAGUUAAUAUUCUGGACAAUCCUUUCUAACCUUUCAUGAAAGAGAACAAAGAUUUUAAUGACUCAUUCUCUUGUCAUUAUCCAUUAUUAACCUUUCUGUAUAGGCAGCAUCUUCCGAGUUCCUGCAUGCUCCCUUCUGUUCAGACACAGAACCAGACCUCUGGCUUCUCCUUUGUCUGGAGGGUCAGAGAGGGUUGGCAGUGUCAUGCUUUCCUUUCUUCUAGCUUUGCACAAAUUCUCUUUGCCUUUAAUGCUGUUUUAGCUUAUCUUGUUUAUUUUCAGCCCAUGCAGAAUUGUAUCAGAUUGAAAAAUUUUACUAACAAAAUGAUACAUUUUGUGACAGAUAGGAUAGGCUUAUAUAUAAUCUAUUAAACUGAAAAUGGUUAUUUUUAAA